AUGAUGCAAUACGGCACAUGCUUCGUGUCAAUCGAGGACAUCUCUGAAGAAAUCGAUCCAGAGGACAUCGACGAACUAAUCAACAGCGCCAAGAAGACCGCUGAUAGUUGGAUGGUCGAGGGUCUCAGGAGAGGAAUCGGGAUCCAUCACGAGGGCCUGUCGAGAAGCUACAGAACUGUUGUGGAGGUUCUUUUCCGUCGUGGGCUCCAUCCUCGGCGCUGUAUUUGCGGCUUGUGUUUGCCACCGGCACUUUGGCGCUCGGCAUCAACAUGCCGUUCCUCGGCCAGUUUGAACGGUUUGGGUUAUGCCGGUGAUGCCAACAUGCAAAUGAAGGUGCCGAUCGACGAUCUUCUGUGGAGCAAAAAGUCCUACUUCACGCUCGUCGACAAUAGGAUGCGUCUCUACUCCAAUGUGGUUCGGCGCCAUGUGCGUGCAUUCAGCCAGACGCAUUCGAUCCCGUCGCAUAUGCGUGCCGUGGUCUGGAGGGGCAAUCCAGACCCGGGGAAAAUGAGACUGGAAAGCUUGGGAACUCCUUCGCCGAAGGACGGAGAGGUGUUGGUGAAGGUUCGUGCCUGUGGGGUCUGCCACACAGACCUCCACUGUAUCAAAGGGGAGGUGCCCUUCCCUGCUCCGGCGGUUUUUGGACACGAGAUCAGUGGAACAAUCCUUCAACACGGUAAUGGCGUUGACAAGACAAGACUGCCUCUUGGCGGUCAAGUCGCUUGUACUUUCAUCAUGCCCUGCGGUUCCUGCUAUCACUGCAAGCGUGGGGAGGAGGAUACCUGUGCGCCAUUCUUUGCCUUGAACAGGCUCAAGGGACAGCUCUUUGAUGGAAGCACACGCCUGUACCAAGAAGGCAGUCCUGUGGCAAUGUAUUCUUUUGCAGGUUUGGCUGAAUAUGCCGUCGUUCCACAGACUGCCGCAUUCUUGCUGCCCCCUGUCCUAGCAGAGGAAGCAUUCUCCGAAUCUGCUUUGCUGGGCUGCGCUUUUUUUACGGCCCUCGGUGCAAUCCGCAAUGCCGCCGAGCUACGCAGUGGCCAGUCAACUGUCAUCGUUGGUGCCGGCGGUGUUGGGCAGGGCAUCGUUCAGUUGGCGAAGCAUCUCGGCGCGGCAGAUGCCCACCUGUUCCUGCCUGGCGAUGAAGGAGUUGAGGUCGACAUCAGCGAAGAGGCGCUAAGCCUGGCAAGAAGCUUGGGUGCAGACCACUGCAUCAAUGCACGCCAGGAGAAUGUGAUUGAACGAAUUGGUGAGCUCACUGAUGGACACCGAGCCGAUGUGUGCAUCGAAGUCAUUGGAUCGAAGGCGACCUUCGAGCAGGCCAUCAUGGCGGUGCGAGACGGUGGGCGCGCCUGCUACGUGGGCAUUGCAUCGCCCAAAGCUCGAGCUGAAGUCCCAAUCACGCAUGUGGUCCGGCGUCGGAUCAGCUUGGUGGGCUCAUAUGGUGCCCGAGCUUCCAAAGAUAUGCCCGAGCUCCUGGAAAUUGCAGCGAAAGGUGGCGUGAAUUUGAAGUCUGCGGUCACCCGGCGCUUCUCACUGGACCAGGCAUCUGAGGCCUACAAGCUUCUCAACGAUGGCAAGAUCGCUGGACGAGCGCUCAUCGAAGAGCUAACUGGACUGAUGUACCGGCAAAUGAGUGGUCGAGCAGGGAGGCGAGGCUUCGACCUGCUCGGGCAAGUGAUCUUCCUGGACAAGCCAUUCACGAAGAUCCAACGACUCAUCACGUCAGAUCUGUCGAGCCUAGCUGGUGAGUUCACACUUUCUCCAACAAUUCUUCUGAGGGCCGGACGCCGAGCAUGGGUUGUGGAGUUGCAGUGCCAGGAAGGCAGCUUGGGCAGAACUCUUGAAGACAUCACUCGGUGUCUGGCACCUGUGUUCGAAUUGCCGUUCUUUCAAAGCAAGACCGCAGAGCUGAAGACCCAAGUAGCCUUUCACACGCGGUUCACCUUAGAGCUUCUGUACAAAGAAGGGCACAUUACGCGGGACGGCUCAACAAGGAACCUGGCGAAUCUGUGUACGCAUCUCUUCGAGGCUGAGCCGGCCAACCUGGUGCUUUCCAGGCUCCUCUGCAGUGGAGUUUUGCACGAGUAUCUGACCGAGGAGGCUCCCAAGGUGCUCAAGGGCGACCGACGGACGCACCUCACCGUGAAGCUCGUCUCUGUGUUGGGCUGGAUAUUUUUUCGACGGAGGCUGCCACCCAGCAUUCCGAAGGAGCGGAUUCCAAGAAAGAAGCACUUGCCUUCGGAGGGAUGUCCACGCCUUCCUCCACUGCCGUCAAGGAUAAAGAAGGAGAUUCAGAGAUACAACAGCCAGCUCUUUGAAGUCUUCCAGGAGUUUGCCUGGACAGUGGCGAUGACCAGGAAGCACGGGCAGAUUGACCUGACACUUCCUGCUAGCGGAAGGUGUUUUCCCGUGGGCCUGGACGAACGAGGGGAUCCUUUUGACAAGAAGAGCGGCCUAGGAAAUGCCCUUUUCAAGCAGGUCGUGAAGUACAAGUCACGUUCACCCUUCUCGGCUUUAUCUGGUGCUGGUGACUUCUACCUGACACCCUCGGACCUGUCCAAGAAUUGCAGGAACGUCCUGCACUUGGACUUGAACGCCAUCCCAACAGUGGCCUGCCCGCCGAGCGGUGCGGAUGCCAAUCGGGAGCUAGAGGCAACGAACAGCUGGAUCCUGGACUACAUGAUCCAUGGGCAGCGGAAGUAUCUUUUGGAGGACAACGGCCUCAAUGCCACACGCGCAUGGAAGCUGAUUGAUGAGUUCGUGCAAACUUUGAAGAAGGCAUUACACCUGUAA